AUGAAGAAGAAGAAAGAAAAUUAUGGGACAAAACAAAGAAAAUGUUCAAUUACGGAUAAAAUAUACUAAACCAUGACUAUGGAUAAAAUUGAAUACAACGAUCAUGAAUAAGAUUUUGUUUUAAAAAUAAUGUAAAUAAAUAAAUAAACCAGUUAAAUAAUCUUGCUAAGAUAUACAAUUAUUUAUAUCAUAAGCCGUCAAUUACUUCAAUAUGUGCAUAAAAUUGGGACAUAUUGA